GCAGACCCCAGCCACUAUCCCGUCUUGAGGCAGGCGGGCUCCGGCUGCAGCAGGGCACUCUUUGGGCAACCCCUGGCAGCCCUCUACUGGGAGGAUGGCAUGCUGCCCCAACCCAUUUAGGAGCUGCUGUCUAUGCUGCAGCAGGAAGGGCUGUGGAUGGAGGGGAUAUUGCACAGAACCACCGUGCUUCUGGAGCUGUGGGACACCCUGGACCAUGGCGCAGACGUCGACCUGCAAAGCCAGCCCGCUCUGCUGCUGGCUGCCAUCCUGAAGGACUGGCUCUGGAGUAUCCCCUUCAAGCUCCUCAUGACCGACCUCUAUGAGGACUGGAUGGCAGCAUUGCAGAAGGUCAGCAAGGAGGAGAAGAUCUGGGAGCUGAGAGAGGUGGCCGAGAAGUUGCCUGUGGCCAAACUCCUCCUCCUGAAGCAGCUGCUGUCCUUCCUCCAGCACAUCGGCCACCACACAGCCACCAGCAGGAUGGGCUGCAGCAACCUGGCCAUCUGCAUGAAGCCAAACCUGCUGAGCCCAGCCCAGGUGGACCUGCUCUUGCUGGAGACCGUGCUGGAGGUGACCCACAAGGUGAAUGUGCUGGUGGAGUUUCUGAUGGAGAACUGCAGGGAGCUCUUUGAAGAGGAAAUGGGCAGCCUUUCCAGCACAGCAGACAAGGAGCUGCCAGCCCCCCUGGAGAGAUUCAGAGAUCUGUGUUUGAAAGACAAAAGUGUCUCUGCAAGCAGAGAAGACACAGAGCACCAGGAAAAAACCUUUCUGGAUGCAUCCACCUCUCCACUGGACAUCCUCAGACAAGCUGGGGAAGACAUGGAGCUGGAGUCUGAAAAAGGAGAGGCACGGCCAGCUUUGCCUCUAGUCACCCCCAAGAGCACGGCAGACUCCCUGGGGCACCUAGAACAACUGGCCAGGUUUCCAGAGGAAAUACGUUUGCAGGCUCUGCCCAGGACAAGGAGAAGAAGAGAAGACAAAAGAGAAAAGAGGCCUGGGGGGAGAAGAGCGAAAACUGUGUGGAAAAGAAGAGGAGGAAGAGAGAAGGUGGUUCCGGGGACAGACCAGUGAAAAAACAGCAGCAGGUGCAGCAGGUUGGGCAGCCCAGGUUAGAAUGGUCUGUGCUUCAACCACAGGCAGAGAAAUAAACAGCAAUCUGUGCUGCAGUUUCAUAUUGCUCUGUUACUUCUUCCAGUUACUACUUUUAAUGAACUGUUUGUUUAUGAAUUAAGCAAUAAAGACAGAUGAUUAGGGGAGACUGUACCCUGAAUCAUGCAAUGUUACUACUAUACUUUGCUCAGGGCAAUAAUCAAGAAACUGACUGAGUGGGGAAGAAUUUGUUAUUAAAAAAAAAAAUCCAAACAAAAACCAACCAAAAAUCAACCAAAACCCAAACAAAAAAAACCAACAACAAAACCUGAUGGAGUAAGUCAAGUGUAACUAUUCUGUGAGGAAGAGGGAUCUGUUAACACAGACUAGAAUAAAACAUCUGUAUGAGGUCUGUCUGUGUAAAAAAUCUGGAAGAGACCAUCUUCCAUUUUUCCCCUCUGUAAUGUUUGUGACACCCAAGAUGGCAUCUCCAGCUCUUCAAUGAAAGCAAAACAUGCAAAAAACCUAUUCUGCAAGAGGAAAAAAGAAUUUGUGUAUCUGGGAGAUACAAUGAAUGUGUGGAAGUUUUACCUGUUUAAAUCAUUAGAAGGAUUAAGCUCAUAUAAUGGUUACAGUUUUGCAGCAAAUACUUGUGUAUAAUUUAUGGAAAUAGCUGCAGCAGUAUUUAAUAUUUUUCUUGAACUAAAUAAAUUUGUUACCGAUUUCAUUA